AUGUAUUUUUAUAUAUUGUUUAUUUUGAUUCAUUCACAAGGAUUUGAAUUAUUUAUUGAAAAAGAUAAGUAAUAUUUGAUAGCAAAUGAAAAUAAAAUUGAUACAAGAUUUUAAAAAGAGUCUUUGUAGCAAAAUCAAUGUCAUCCUGCUAAAUUAUAUAUAGAAAAUGCGAAUGAAAAACACACUAAAUUUAUUUUUCACAACAAUCAAGAAAAAUAGAUUACUAUAGCAAUCGAACCUCUAGUAUAUGAUACUAAUGUCUUAAGUAUUUUGUACAAUUCAAAAACAAAACUAGAAAUGAUUAAUCCUAAUGCACAAGAAUAAUUUAUCCUUACUUUUGAAUGCAUAGCAGAAAAAGAUUAAAUUUCUUGGAGUUUAAUAAUAUUAGAUUUUAAAGUCUUCAAUGAUUAGAAUUAUGAAUCAUAUCAAAUUUAAUUUUAUAAAUAAUGUUAGCAGACAGAAUAAUUUUUACUUCCAUUAAUUUUAUUAUUGAUUCUAGCUAUUACAUUAUUAAUAAUAGGCACACAUUAUGGAUUAUAGGAUAUUAAAAUGCUUGAGUCUAUAAAGACUGAAGAAUUUAAUGCUAAGACAUCAAUUUUAUUUAUUUUAUCUGCAAGUGUUUUGUUAUUUUGUUUAUUCACAUUUCCAUCUAUUGGAUAAAUGUAAAAAAUAAUAUAUUUAUUAGAGUUUUGAGCAUAGUAAUAUUUUUUAUGUCAAUAAUAAGUAUUUAAAUUAUAACAGAAGAUUUAUUAAGAAAGUUUUUAUAGAAAAAUAUGGAAUUAAAAAUCAUAUCAUAUUUGAUUAGUUUAAUAAUUGUAUUAUCAUAUUUUUAUACUAAAAAUUGGAUAAUAAAUAAUAUAGUUGCAUUUUUAAUAACAUUAUUAAUGUUCAAAGUAAAUAUGAUAAAUAAUUUUAGAUAAUUGAAAUAGAUAGUUUUAAAACUGCUACAUUAUUAUUAAUUUUAGCUUUUUUUUAUGAUAUUUUUUGGGUAUUUAUAAGUCCUGUAUUUUUUGGAACUUCAGUUAUGGCUUAAGUAGCCACAUAAAUAGAUUUACCAAUAAAAUUUAUAUGUCCAUCUUUAAUAAUGUCACAUAAUACUCCAUUAUUGAGAUGUUCAAUGUUAGGUUUAGGUGAUAUUUUACUACCAGGAAUAGUUAUUAAAUUUAUACUAAAAUUUGAAAAUUUGAUAAACAAAGGAUACUAUAUGUACAUUACAUCAAUUAUUGGAUAUUGUGUAGGAUUAUUAGUUUGUAUGCUUUCUUUAGUAAUUUUUAAACAAGCAUAACCAGCUUUAUUAUACUUAGUUCCUCUUAUAUUGAUANCUAAAUUAUAUAUAGAAAAUGCGAAUGAAAAACACACUAAAUUUAUUUUUCACAACAAUCAAGAAAAAUAGAUUACUAUAGCAAUCGAACCUCUAGUAUAUGAUACUAAUGUCUUAAGUAUUUUGUACAAUUCAAAAACAAAACUAGAAAUGAUUAAUCCUAAUGCACAAGAAUAAUUUAUCCUUACUUUUGAAUGCAUAGCAGAAAAAGAUUAAAUUUCUUGGAGUUUAAUAAUAUUAGAUUUUAAAGUCUUCAAUGAUUAGAAUUAUGAAUCAUAUCAAAUUUAAUUUUAUAAAUAAUGUUAGCAGACAGAAUAAUUUUUACUUCCAUUAAUUUUAUUAUUGAUUCUAGCUAUUACAUUAUUAAUAAUAGGCACACAUUAUGGAUUAUAGGAUAUUAAAAUGCUUGAGUCUAUAAAGACUGAAGAAUUUAAUGCUAAGACAUCAAUUUUAUUUAUUUUAUCUGCAAGUGUUUUGUUAUUUUGUUUAUUCACAUUUCCAUCUAUUGGAUAAAUGUAAAAAAUAAUAUAUUUAUUAGAGUUUUGAGCAUAGUAAUAUUUUUUAUGUCAAUAAUAAGUAUUUAAAUUAUAACAGAAGAUUUAUUAAGAAAGUUUUUAUAGAAAAAUAUGGAAUUAAAAAUCAUAUCAUAUUUGAUUAGUUUAAUAAUUGUAUUAUCAUAUUUUUAUACUAAAAAUUGGAUAAUAAAUAAUAUAGUUGCAUUUUUAAUAACAUUAUUAAUGUUCAAAGUAAAUAUGAUAAAUAAUUUUAGAUAAUUGAAAUAGAUAGUUUUAAAACUGCUACAUUAUUAUUAAUUUUAGCUUUUUUUUAUGAUAUUUUUUGGGUAUUUAUAAGUCCUGUAUUUUUUGGAACUUCAGUUAUGGCUUAAGUAGCCACAUAAAUAGAUUUACCAAUAAAAUUUAUAUGUCCAUCUUUAAUAAUGUCACAUAAUACUCCAUUAUUGAGAUGUUCAAUGUUAGGUUUAGGUGAUAUUUUACUACCAGGAAUAGUUAUUAAAUUUAUACUAAAAUUUGAAAAUUUGAUAAACAAAGGAUACUAUAUGUACAUUACAUCAAUUAUUGGAUAUUGUGUAGGAUUAUUAGUUUGUAUGCUUUCUUUAGUAAUUUUUAAACAAGCAUAACCAGCUUUAUUAUACUUAGUUCCUCUUAUAUUGAUACCAGUGUUGAUAGUUAGCGUGAUAAGAAAAUAAUUUUAUUUUUUAUGGAGAGGAUAAAUAUUUAAAACUUAGAAGUCACCAGGAAUCUAUGAGUUGUAAUAAAGUGAAUAAGUUUGA